UGGGGUCUAUGCAGGGGUCUAUGCAGGGGUCUAUGCAUGGGUCUAGGACGGAUUACUGUUCAUUGUAAUGUACCUGUGAUGAAAUGUAGGGGGGAGAAAUAGCCACUGAUGUCAUUGUACUGGACAUUGAACACAGGAUGAGCCCAAGCAGAGCAGCAUUGUUGACCACUCAUUGAUGACAGCACACCUACACUGUACCUUUGAUGAGUUAUUGUGGCAGGGACAGUCCCUGCAUUAUGAUAUACCCGGAACUGUGACAUUUCUGCUGGUUGGCCUUCCACAUGUACGAGCACAGUGUAUAAUCUCUGUGUAUAGAGUAUCGGAGUACAGUAUAGUUUUGCAUUAGAGAAUUUGUUAAUAAGUUAAUUAGGUAAUAAGUAACAGAGCAUACUGAGGACUGCCGAGCUCUGUAUAGUCCAUUCCAUGUGUUACAUUCAUAAUGUACAAUUUGUGUACAGUCGUUCUUCUUGUAACUUCUUGUAACGGUCAUGUAGUUUGAGUGCAGGAGGAGUCUCAGAUAACCAAGGUGGGAUUUGUCAUGGAGGCCACAUGCUCUCAUAGCAUAGCCCGUAGUAAGACAUGCGGCUUACGUAGGAGAAGACAUUUUGACGCCGUCCGGUGUUUUUGCAAGUCGUCACCACGAUGCAGUUCAACAGUCGCUGUUCGGCGUCUUGCAUGGAUAGCUGUUGUGAGCGAUGUGGGGAAGAGUUUUCCGAUUGUGUAUGCACUACUUGUACAAGGCGCACACGUUCCAUCAAUGCACCUUCACCCUCUCCGUCGUUCGGGCCUAAGGCACACCUGAAGAAAGUGCCUCCUUCUCAGAUCAUGCAUGUGACUGACCCAUCGAGCCAGCAGCUAGCAUGGAAUUCGAGCCCCCUCUCCGUUCUGAUCAUCAAGAAAAUCAUGGACGACAGCGUCCUGGGUCCCUUCAAGGAACUCUCAAGGUGGCUCUCAGAGGAGAAGAAUUUGGUGAUUUUUAUCGAGUCCAAGGUGUUUGACGAUGAGGAUUUGUUGAAUGAUAAAGAAUUUGCUCCGGUAAGAGCUAAGAUGAAGAGCUUCAAGGAAGGUUGCGAUUUGAGUAACAAAGUAGAUUUCAUUCUCUGCCUCGGAGGGGACGGGACGCUCCUCUAUGCUUCAUCUCUCUUCCAGGAGGCCAGUGUACCUCCAGUCAUGGCGUUCCAUCUAGGCUCGCUGGGGUUCUUGACCCCAUUUGAGUUUGAUGACUUCAAGGAGUCGGUCAACUCACUUUUAAAAGGAGACACAGCAGUUACACUGAGGAGUCGCUUGAAGUGUCUGAUCUUCGACAGCUCUGAAAUUCCCAACGGCUUUGACAACGAUCGCAAUAAUGACCACCGAAUCAUACCAAAGCCCAAGACAUCAGACCCACCAAACCUCAAGUUCAAAUUCCAGGUGCUAAACGAUGUUGUAAUAGACAGAGGGUCGUCACCAUACCUCUCGAAUCUUGAUCUCUUCCUAGAUGGUCGGCAUGUCACAACGGUCGCGGGGGAUGGUCUGAUUAUAUCCACGCCUACUGGGAGUACAGCGUACGCUGCUGCAGCUGGUGCAGCCAUGAUGCACCCCAAUGUACCAGCCAUUCUCAUUACUCCAAUCUGCCCACACACAUUGUCUUUCAGGCCCAUAGUGGUCCCCGCCGGAGUGGAACUCAGGGUCAUGGUUUCACCAGAUGCUCGUCACACUGCUUGGGUUUCUUUGGAUGGAAGGAAUCGGCAAGAAAUCCACAAAGGAUGGUGUCUGCGAAUCACAACGUCAGUCUUCCCUGUGGCGUCCAUCUGCAGUAGUGACCAGAUCAGUGAUUGGUUUGACGGACUACAGGAAUGCUUACACUGGAACGCCAGGCGUCAGCAGAAGGCGUUGAAGGAACCAAAGAAGAACAAGAACAGUAAACAGAGCGAAAAUAUUUAAAUCAGGCAGGAAUUAAUUUUUCAGGUUUAUUUGGUUUUAUCGUUGAGAACGGUCUGUACUUGGUGGUAUGUUGAAAUCCAUCAUGGCAUUAACAACUGUGAGACGCUAGUGUAACCAUUUCACAAAAGGCAAUAUUUGAACAUCUUUGGCCGCCAUUUUGUUCAUAUCUGGCACAUAAUUGUUUUUUCACAUCUCCGUGCACCUUCAGAGCUUCUUCAGCUUUUCUUGAAAGAGGCAACAGACUAGCCACCACAGAGAUGAAAAGACUUGGCCAUUUUUUAUGACCAGGGUCCAUUUCAUAGAGCUAUCUACAUAAGUACAACAAAUUUAAGUUUUAGUUUUUUUGUUUGUUUAUAUUUCAAACAAACAACUUUAAGAAUGUGCCUCUUAAAUUCAUAAGCAGGUAGAGAUGUUUCUUAAUUUUACGCACAUCAAUUAGUGAAUCAAAUUUUUGUUUUGAAAUUAAGUUUGUUAAUUUUACUUUAGAGGUGGGAAGAGAACAUUUUUAUUAACAUUGUUUCAGUUUUUGAUACAAAAAAUUAAGUCAACAUUAUACUUCAAACAUUCAAACAUGUGGAAAGCCACUAUGAUGAAGACCACAAUAAUGAACUUUCGAAUGCACAUGAAACUAGACAAUUCGCUCCCGCAUUGUGUUUGCUCUCUUACUUGGAGUCACACUAAAAAGUGCACUUGUUUUUAACGAUGCGAGUAAUUUCAAAUAGAAAGUUGGAUUGCUAGCCAUAGUUAACCAUACAUGUAGACAAUCUGCAUUGGUGAACGCUCUUAUAUAGACUCCAUUUAAGGAUGGGUCAAGAUGUUAUGUGUUGACUUCCGAAUCAGGCAAAUCAGGCAAAGACUCCUGCCCACAAGUUUACUAUUAUCUAGAAGUCAGAAACUGUCAUACUAAAAUACAAUAGUGUCGCUCGUUGUUAACCAUUUUGAAUAUGGAUCGUUUAACGCUUUUGUAAAUUUUAUAAUUAAAAAAAUAAUAAUAUUCCUAAAGUUUUGAACUAAAUACUCUAUUUUUUUCUUCUUGUUAACCGUCUUUUUAUGUUUAUAAUUGUAACUGUGAGAUUUAUAGACACAAAAAAACGCUAUUUGAAUAUGUUUUGUAAAUAAUAUUAUAUAUAUUCUCUUUUCGGGGUACAUAUCACUAUUGCACUUAAAGCCAUUGGACACUUUCGGAACAGAAAAAAAAUAAAAAAUUCACAGAUUUACAAAUAACUUACAGGG